CAUAGGUAUAAUCAUUCCCUAAUGGUUGAGCCAUGAAUGCCACAAUUGUAACCAUGAUGUUUUUACUGGUGACUAAUUAUGAAGACUGCUGUGAAACACAUAUAGUUAUUAUUAAUUGUUAUUCAUUUAGGGCAUACUUCUUUUUAACAUGUCUUGAGCAAGUGGACAACACUUAAUCAUAUAUGAUCAUGUCAAAUUUGUGAUUGAUCUGACCCUGCAACAACACCCAUCAUCACUGAAUUCCUUGUCAUUGUAGAGCUUUAUAAGGAGAUUUAUCCAAACAUGGAUUACUGUACAUAUAUGCAUUUGAUCUUAUGUAAAUGUGUCUCCAAUGAGGUAAGGAAAACAUGGCAUAAGCUUUAUGAUCUUCUACUGCUUUACUAUUGCAUAUGUUAGCUAACAGCCAUGGAUGCACUAACACUUAACACACUUGUAGCAUCUCUGUGUUUUGUUUUUUGUUUUUUUUUUUCCCUCUGUAGAAGGUUCCUGCAAUCACGCAAAAGGUUUCGGAAAGCGGUUGUGUGAUUAAUGAUGGAUUAGCAAAGUGGUGCAUGUUAUCUUGCUCCCUUUUCUCCCCCUGUAGUCUUCUGGCUGACUUUUAGUCAAAUCGUUCUUGGUGGGUUUGUGAGGGCCACUGUGCUUUUUCGAGCAUGAUCUCCAAGCAACCUGCUCGAAAGGGAAAGUGGAUGGAUGGAUUGGUCCCAAAAAUCUCAGUGUAGAUUGGCGGAUGCUUUUAUUGCCUCUGCAACUGUUCCAGAGAUUCCAUGGCGUACCAUUUAGGGCUUUGAAUAUGGUUUCGACUCCAAUUUGCUCCAGUGCACUGAAGUCUAGGCCUUCUUUUGGUGUGGUCGAACUUCUAUGGCCGAAACGGCUGGAUCGCCGGAGAAGAAGAAUGUCGUUAACCCUAGAGUGGAGAUCGACACUUCACCGCCGUUCGAGUCUGUGAAGGAGGCAGUCGACCGGUUUGGCGGUGGCGGCGGCCCAUGGAUUCCACUUCACCUGCUACGCUUGGCUUCUUCUAGCCAUGCACUGCAGCAUGACGAUGGAGUUUUCGACAUGGAGAAAAUAGAGGAACAGACAGUGCAGCUAGAGAGGGACCUGCUGAUGAAGGAGCAAGAAACACUCAACAUCUUGAAAGAACUCGAAAUGGCGAAGAAAUUCGUCGGAUGCUUGAAAUCCACAUUGACGCCGGAGACAUUCUCGCUCGCUGCUAACCAUAUACCUCUUCCCCACGAAAAUCUGAUGCUGUCGCCGGGCUUGAUGUUCGUGGAAUUGAAUCAGGCAAAGGUGAAUCUCAGUAGAACAUCCGUCGAUCUUGCGCUGAUUCAAGCGUCCGUGCAGUCGUUAAAUCAGAAAAUGAGAGCAGAGAAGCUCUUGCUCGAAAGGCGAUGCAACCUGCAGCUACCCGAUUGUGAAGAGAUGAUGCUCUCUCGACAACCCGAUCAUCCUCCACCGAGGAACAUACCCGUUGUGGACCAGAAAUUCAGUUCAGCAGACAAGCCCGGCGUUGGUAUGAAUUUUGAAGCCGAGCAGUACAAGAAGAUGACAGAGGCGUCGAGGUAUGAGGUAAUAAAGGCGAUGACAGAGAUCGAACGGACCAAGAACAGUAUCAAAUUGGCAGAAAUGAGGAUAAAUGCCGCUAAGAAGAUGGAGGAAGCUGCGAAAGCAGUCGAGGCUAUCGCCCUUGCCGAUGGGAAGAUUCUCGCAAAUGAUCAUGAGAAUUUGUCCGACGGUUUCUUGCGCAAGCCCGAUGGAAUAACUCUCUCGUUUGACGAGUACCGAGCUCUUACUCGGAAGGCACAGCAGGCGGAAGACCUCUGCAAGACGAAAUUCAUAGAUACGAACGCCGUUCAGCGAACCAACGAAUCCCGACAACUGGAUGUGCCUAUUCUGGAGAAAUUCGAGGAGGUUGCGGUAGAAAACACGCGAUCCCGAAAGGCGGAUGGGCCGGAGAAUAACUCGAACAAAUUCAGGUUCAGGAACUCUCAUCCUGCUCAUCGGAGUCCACAAGUUCUGAACGAAAACAGAUCUACGAAAGAACACUCGACACCCGGUUUUACAUCAGCGACUUCGAUCGGAGACAUUCUGAGCAGGAAGUUGAUCGUACAAGACGACGUUAUUGCAGGGCGGCAAAUCAAGGGCCAUGCCGAGAGGCAACACAUCUCUCUGAGCGAAAUGCUGCGGGAACAAAGCCGGCUGAUCGUUCACUCCCCUAAUCCGGCGAGCGAUGAUCGUGUGAAAGUCGAGAAGCAAUACAUUGUCCAGAGGAAGAAGUUCGGGUUUAUCCACGUCCCGAUUCGCUGCAAGCAUAGCAAGAAGAAGGCGGACGGUAUGAAUCUGAGGCUACCCUACGCGCGGCGCAAGUUAGCAUGUUCGAUGGUUUACCAGUCGAGAGCCAGGAAAAGGAUCCACGCAGUCCGCCGUGGUCCAGACGGCAGUGCUUUCCAGAAAUGUGAAAGCUGCGGGACUAUGGUGGCGAUUGUUUUGGCCGAUAUGCAUGAUUGCGGAGACGUGAAAAAUACUCGAAAGAAGCAGAGAAUAGAAUGCGGAAGUGGAGAAGUUGAGCGUGAGAGGAUAGAGAAUCAGCCUAGAUCAUCGUUUCACUUUUUUAUGGAAGAGUUCAAAAAGACAUGUGUAGAUGGAAGUGAGAUGCAGAUAAUAAAGAAGGGAUGGGAAGCAUGGAUGAACAUGCCAAAAGAAGAGAGGUUGCCCUUUGUUCGCCAGGCUGAUGAAUUGCAUUGGGAAUACAUGAAGCUGUUAAAGGAAGAGGAAGAUGCAAUGCAACCGGUGGAUGAAGAAGCGGAUUCAUCUGAAGUAGGGAAGUAUGAUAAGAACUACGAGGACUUUGAUAUAUGCUGGUAUGACUCUGAAAGCUCUGGUGGAUCGGCACUUUUCCUGUCUGAAACAUACAAGGAAUCGGAUGACCUUUAACUUAUUGCACGCAGGCACUUUGAAAAAUUCGGGGAAAGUUGAAGCUGGACGGCGUUCUUAUGAACAACAAACAGGUAAUUCUCUCCAUGGACUUUUGUAAGUAAUCAAUAUUUAGAUGGGAUCUUAGUUUAUAGUUUGUGAGUUUAUUGAUUUAGGAGGUUCCUCCAUUAGAGAAUUAUUAAGCUGUGUGUGUGUGUGGGAGGAGUGAUUCCUGUUUUUGAUCAUAUCAUGCCUUUGCUGAAAACUUGAAAACUUUCUUGGUGUUUUUGGAGCCUGCCUUUCAACUUGGGAUUAGAGCAUGUUUAUUGUAAGGGGUAAGGUGAAUAAAAAAAUUUAUUGAUUAAAGAUCUCUCCAUGGACAACUACAUCCCUCAAUGUUCCGUCUGCC